CUAGCUUGCUUUAGUAAUCGAUUACUCUGACAGUGCCAAGGCCUCCCAAACUCAACUUUAUUGCCGGCCGCGACUUUUCUUAAUUUCCGAUUUUCCAAGGUUUUAAUUAAGCUUUCUUGGCAAUAUGGGUGACCAAAACUCGGACGAUGACAGUGGUUCAUCAGGCUCCAGUCGCAGUGGCAGCCGCAGUGUCUCGCCGCAAGGAGGCAGUGCACCAGGGUCCCCCCGCAGCCGUAGGUCGGGCAGUGGCAGUCGCAGUGUCACGCCGCAAGGAGGCAGUGCACCCGGGUCCCCUCGCAGCCGCAAGUCGGGCAGCGGCAGCGAGCGAUCCCGCUCGGGCUCCAGGUCUUCCAGAUCUCGUUCUGGCUCGGGCUCGCCGCGGAGUCGCAGAUCGGAAUCCCCUCAAAGUCAGAAGUCGGGAUCCCCUCACAGUCGUAGAUCAGGAUCGGCUCACAGUCGCAGAUCCGGCACCCCUCAAAGUCACAAGUCUGGAUCUCCCCAAAGCCGUAGGUCCGGCUCCCGGCAAAGCGCCAGGUCUCGUUCCCGCAGUGGAACGCACAAAGGAAGUGGCAACGAGGAAUCCCGCUCAAAUUCGCCCAACCUGCAGAUUGACGAUGAGCGUGCCAACUCCAAGAGCGGCAGUCGCAGCAGAAGCAGGAGCAGGAGUGGCAGUCGCACAUCCAGGUCGCGUUCCAAGACGGGCUCCCCUUCACCCGCCAGAAGUCGCAGCCGCAGUGGAUCCGGUUCCGGCAGCGACAUUGGCGUGCCCAAGAAAAAGGCACGCAAGGCCAGUGGCUCAGAGCAGGAGAAGAACAAGAGCGGUAGCGAUAGCGACAUGGAGGAAUCGCCCACUAAGGCGAAGAAGUCGCGGCUGAUCGACUCAGACAGCGAGUCCGAUCAGGAGGAGGCAAAGAAAGCACCCGCCGCAGCUGACAUAUUCGGAGAUGCCGAUGAUAUAAGUGACGAUGAGGAGGAGGCUGGGCCAUCCCAGGCUAAGUCGCCAAGCCGCUCCAAGAGUCGCAGCCGAAGCAAGUCUCGUUCCCGCAGUCGUUCGAUGAGCCGCUCGCGUUCCCGCUCGAGGUCGCGAUCUCGGGAUAGAGUAGAGACUCAGGUGGAGCAGGCGCCCAAGGAAGAUGAACCUGAACCGCUGCCCGAGACACGAAUCGACGUGGAGAUUCCACGCAUCUCUGCAGACCUUGGAAAAGAGCAACACUUUAUUAAGCUGCCAAACUUCUUGUCAGUGGUCACGCAUCCUUUUGACCCAGAGACCUAUGAAGAUGAGAUAGAUGAGGAGGAAACCAUGGACGAGGAGGGGAGACAGCGCAUCAAGCUCAAGGUGAGCAACACCAUCCGCUGGCGUGAGUUCAUGAACAACAAGGGCGACAUGGUGCGCGAGUCGAAUGCGCGAUUCGUGCGCUGGUCCGACGGGAGCAUGUCCCUCCACCUGGGCAACGAGAUCUUCGACGCCUACAGACAGCCGCUGCUGGGAGACCACAACCAUCUGUUCAUCCGCCAGGGCACUGGUCUGCAGGGCCAGUCGGUGUUCAGGACCAAGCUCACCUUCCGUCCCCAUUCCACGGAGUCGUUCACGCACAAGAAGAUGACCAUGUCUUUGGCCGAUCGCUCCAGCAAGACCAGUGGCAUUAAGAUCCUGACCCAGGUGGGCAAGGACCCCACUACGGACAGGCCCACGCAGCUUAAGGAGGAGGAGGCCAAGUUGCGCCAGGCGAUGCGCAACCAACACAAAGCGCAGCCCAAGAAGAAGAAGUCGGGUGCGGGUGAACCACUAAUCGGAGGCGGCACCUCAUCCUACCAGCACGACGACGGCAGCGAUGACGAAAACGCCAUAAGUCUGAGCGCCAUAAAGAAUAGGUACAAGAAGGGCUCCGGUGGAGGCCCGGCAGAGGUGAAGGCGUCCACAAUCUACUCCUCGGAUGAGGACGAGGGCUCCGACUUCGAGGCGCGUCGCAGCAAGAAGGUGGACAAGGCCAAGGCCAGCAAGGCGCUGCGCGACUCCGACAGCGAAUCAGAUGCUGGCAGCGCCAAGAGCGGCAAGAGUGGCAAGAGCGGGGGAGGAGGCAGCGGCAGCGGAAGCGAUAACGAGGGCAGCCAGAAGAGCGGUGGUGGCAGCAGCAAGUCGGGCAGUGGAAGCGGCAGUGGCAGUGGCUCCGGCAGCGGAUCGGGCAGCGACAACGAUGAUUAGGUUGGACCAGUUCGUUUAUGUUCCUUGAGUAGACCAAUAAAAGAAGUGUACGAUGUUCA